GUAUAUUUCGCUAGCAGUACUUAGCCGUUACUAAAUAAAGGUAUGAAAGAGAUGGAAAGACGAAGAAAACAGGAUUGUUGCCGGCGCGCACGGUCGUGCCUUGGCCUUGACCACCCUUUUCGGUGCCUCGCACCCCUCGCCCACGUCCCGCAACUGUCAACGCUAUAUUUUUCGGUACCGAUAUCGCAUAAAGGUUAAAUAGCGGUAUACCCUUACUUUUAUUUUUUUUAAGGUACACUUAUUUUAUACCGGUAGCGUAACCUUAUACCGUAACCCCUUUCAGUCCCUGCUAAACGGGCGUCGCCGUUACGGUAACCAAGCUGUGUGUUUUGGGAUAUGGGUAUUGUUUUGUUGUUUCUCAUCUAAUUGCAGUAAUAAAACUGUCGAGUAAUUAGUAUUAUAAGAACGCCUGUCUAGAUAGCCGUUUUGUUUUUGGUAUUUGGGAAUUUCAAAUUGUAAAUUAUAAUGUAUUUGAAUACUUAUUAAUUUUUUAUAUUUUCUGUCAUUACGCCAUGUAAGGAGGAUAACAUUUUCGUCAUAGAUAUUUAUUAAGGAUAAAUCUACUACCUUAAAUAAAGUGUAACGUAUAAACAUUCGACAUUUAAAUCAUAAUUCAUUUAUCAUACCAGUGUGUUCGAAGCUACAACAAUUGCAAUGUAUUUUGUACUAACAAACUAAAUAUAGUCCUUUAUCGUUCUCUGAUAAAGUAUUCACCCUAGCUUGCACCGGCCAUCUUGGAGCGUAACCGCCGCGUUCCCCCGCCGCACGCCAGUCGCUCGCCGCGCGCCCGCCCGUGUGUACGAUUCAUCCACGACCGACGCAAACAUUAUCCAUGACCAUGCAGUUUGAAUAUGACCCUGAACGCCUCAUUGAGGAGGUUAGAAAGCGACCUGGCAUAUGGGACUACGGGGACUCGGAGUACCGAGCGAAAAACAUGAGAUACAGAUUGUGGAAUGAAAUUGUCACCGAAUUGAUGUCUUCAGAUGUGAAGGUUACUAAGAGUGAAAUGAGGGAACUCGAAAUUCAACUGCAAAAGAAAUGGAAGAGCAUUCGUGACUGUUUUCAAAAGUACAUUUCAAAUCCAAAUCGGACAAAAAAGCCUUACAUAUACUCUAAACAGCUACAAUUCCUAUUAAAGGACCAAGAGAUGCCACGUAAAGAAGAUCCCGAUGCAUCGAGCGACUCAGAGGAAUCUAAAACCACAAAGAAAAAGAGAGUAUGGAAAUAUAAGAAGAGGUUUAAACUAGUUAAGAAUGAGGAAACGUCGGAGGACGAUAACAGUAACAAUAAUACAUUCGAUGUUGCUCUAGAUGAUUCUAGGGAUUAUUCCAAUGAUGGCAUUGAGACUACGCGACCGGCUAAAGUGGCUAAGAUAAGCAAACCACCGAUAGAUGAGUUUGCGUUCGCUAGUGUCGAUACACAAAUCAAAACAGAUCCGGACGACUGUGAUAAGAUGUUCCUACUAUCUCUUCUUCCACACCUCAAGACAAUCCCUGAGGAAUUUAGACUGAACGUCAAAAUGGAACUGAUGCAGGUGUUGAAGAACGCGAAUUAUAAUACAGAGCGAGAGCACAAAUUGAUAUAAGUGAUUUAGAUGAUAGCAGAGUAGAUAUAAUCUCAAUAUUAACCGAAUUGUUAAUUAGAAUGUAGUAUUUGGAUAAGCAAGCAUAAGACUAAUUAUAAGUUACAUUCCAAAUAUAUUUAUUAGAAUUAAAGUUUAUUGUGAUACGUAGAAAUAGUUUUUCUUACCUUAAAUCUAAAUAUGUGAGUGACUGAAGACCUCCGACUGCAUUUGGAACUGUCCUUAUGAUGUUUUGUGAUAACAAUAACUUUUCUAAAUAAACGUAUGACGUCACUUCA